AUGGACGUGUUUGUGCGCAUCCUGCAGCCCGAGCGCUAUGAGCUGUGGAAGCGCGGGGAGGACCGCACUGGCGUGGACCACGUGGAGCCCAGGGCGCUGGGCAGCCAGCAGCUGAGCGCCUGGAGGGAGAGCCGGGCGGCCUGCAGGUCAGCGCUGGGCCUGAUGCACCUGAAGCCCCUUCAGGCCAUGCACACCCCUCGAUUAGUGCGCAGGGGCCUUGGGUCCCAUUGUGGCCGCACCCCUUUGCACCAGCCAUCCCUGGGCCCCUGGCCAGCCCCGGGUUCUGCCUCCACCGCCCAGCCCGCGGCCUUCUGCUCCAUGAAGCCCGACCCAUCAUCCUCACAGCCAACCUCCGGCCCAUCUACCCAGGAUCUCCAGCCAACUGGUUGUGGUCAUCCUGGGGAACAGGGGACUCAAGAGUUGAUUGUUCAGGCCCCGGCUAAGAGGCGCCGCCUGGUGGGCGCUGUGCGCACAGCGCCAGAUCUCCAAGUCCAGCCUGUGCCUGAGGACAAAUCUUCCUUGGACAGCCAGCAUCCUGUGUGGGCUUCAGGGUGCUAUUGUGCCUCUGACCUUCAAUCCUUGGGGCCCCCAUUGGAUCCCGAUGAACCCAUGCACCCUGGCCCGUGCCUACUCUCUAUGGACAGGAUUCCAGUCACUUUUUCUGACAUUGUCCCACCAACUCCUCGCUGUGUCGCUGACGUUGUAAGGAUGGACCACUCUUAUGCCAAAAUCUCCUGGACCCCUGACUGUGAUUCCCUGGUGCUAAAGCUAGAGGCAGCUACCUCUCUGGGGUCCUGGGACACGUUCCCUGCCAUUGGGUGGUCUUUCACCUUUGAGCCCAUCACUGAUGAAGAUUUAGCCAAAUAUGGCUGUAUCUGA